GGGAGGCGGGACUGGGGCUGCCUGCGGGAGUCGCCGCCGCCGCCGCCGCGGAGGAGGAGGAGGUGGUGGAGGAGGUGGCUGCCGCGGCCGCCGAGGAGUCCCUUGCUGAAGGCGGACCGCGGGGCGGCGGGUGGCGCGCGCGCGCCCGAGAGGCGGCUGUUGGAGAAGUGGAGCGGCGGUCGCGGGGGGAGGAGGAGGAGGGACUGAGCGGCGGCGGCCCCCGCGUCCCGGUGCCUCUAUGGGGAAAGCAGACAAUGGAUUAUGAUUUCAAGGCGAAGCUGGCGGCGGAGCGGGAGCGGGUGGAGGAUUUGUUUGAGUACGAAGGGUGCAAAGUGGGACGCGGCACCUACGGGCACGUCUACAAGGCGAGGCGGAAAGAUGGAAAAGAUGAAAAGGAAUAUGCAUUGAAGCAAAUUGAAGGCACAGGAAUAUCCAUGUCGGCUUGUAGAGAGAUUGCACUUUUGCGAGAAUUGAAGCACCCUAACGUGAUCGCCUUGCAGAAGGUGUUCCUUUCUCACAGUGACAGGAAGGUGUGGCUGCUCUUUGAUUAUGCAGAACAUGAUUUGUGGCAUAUUAUUAAGUUUCACCGUGCAUCAAAAGCAAAUAAAAAGCCCAUGCAGUUGCCAAGAUCUAUGGUUAAAUCAUUACUUUACCAGAUUCUUGAUGGUAUCCAUUACCUCCAUGCAAAUUGGGUGCUUCACAGAGAUCUGAAACCAGCAAAUAUCCUAGUAAUGGGAGAAGGUCCUGAAAGGGGGAGAGUCAAAAUAGCUGACAUGGGUUUUGCCAGAUUAUUCAAUUCUCCUCUAAAGCCACUGGCAGAUUUGGAUCCAGUAGUUGUGACUUUUUGGUAUCGGGCUCCCGAACUUCUGCUUGGUGCAAGGCAUUAUACAAAGGCCAUUGAUAUAUGGGCAAUAGGUUGCAUAUUCGCUGAAUUGUUGACUUCAGAACCUAUUUUUCACUGUCGUCAGGAAGAUAUAAAAACAAGCAAUCCCUUUCAUCAUGAUCAACUAGAUCGGAUAUUUAGUGUCAUGGGGUUUCCUGCAGAUAAAGAUUGGGAAGAUAUUAGAAAGAUGCCAGAAUACCCCACACUUCAGAAAGACUUUAGAAGAACAACGUACGCCAACAGUAGCCUCAUAAAGUACAUGGAGAAACACAAGGUCAAACCUGACAGCAAAGUGUUCCUCCUGCUUCAGAAACUCCUUACUAUGGAUCCAACCAAGAGAAUUACCUCGGAGCAGGCUCUGCAGGAUCCCUAUUUUCAGGAGGACCCCUUGCCAACAUUAGAUGUGUUUGCUGGCUGCCAGAUUCCAUACCCCAAACGAGAAUUCCUUAAUGAAGAUGAACCUGAAGAGAAAGGUGACAAGAAUCAGCAGCAGCAGCAGAACCAACAUCAGCAGCCCACAGCGCCCCCGCAGCAGGCGGCGGCCCCCGCGCAGGCUCCCCCGCCGCAGCAGAACAGCACCCAGACCAACGGGACUGCCGGCGGGACGGGGGCCGGCGCCGGGGCUGCGGGGGCCGGCCUGCAGCACAGUCAGGACUCGGGCCUCAAUCAGGUGCCUCCGAACAAGAAGCCCCGCCUGGGGCCCUCGGGCGCAAACUCGGGCGGGCCUGUUAUGCCGUCAGAUUAUCAGCACUCCAGUUCGCGCCUGAAUUACCAAAGCAGUGUUCAGGGAUCCUCUCAGUCCCAGAGCACACUCGGCUACUCGUCCUCCUCCCAGCAGAGCGCACAGUACCACCCGUCUCACCAGGGCCACCGCUACUGACCGCCGCAGCCCAGAGCACAGACUCCAGCAAUAUGAUGUCCGCAUUGAAAAGAACCAAAAAAUGCAAACAAUGAUGCCGUUUAAAACUCAUCCACUUAGGAGGAAGACUCCAUCCUGAGCAUUUUGCAGGACUGACUGAUGUCUCUUCUUUAUGGGCCUAAAGAAGAUUUUUGUGAAGUUUCCCCAACACCCUUUCCCUGCAUGUGUUCCAUUGUGACUUUGAUCCAGAGUCUGAUCUAAUCCCAGCACUUAACUUCUGUAACCUUCAGCAUUUUUUGGAAGGAUUUCCUGGUGCACCUUUCUCAUGCUGUAGCAAUCACUAUGGUUUAUCUUUUCAAAGCUCUUUUAAUAGGAUUUUAAUGUUUUAGACACAGGACUCCAGUGGUGUAUAGUUUUAUACUUCAUGAACUGAUCUAGCAACACAGGUAAAAAUGCACCUUUUAAAGCACUACGUUGUUUUCACAGAAUAUGACUGUUUUGCUCAUGGAAGUCUUAAGCAGAAAUUGUUACUGUCCCAAAGUACUUUACUAUUACGUUUUUAUUUAUCUAGUUUCAGGGAAGGUCUAAAAAAAGACAAAUGGUGGGACAGAGGGAACUUACAACCAAAAACAGCCUAGAUCUUUGCAGUUACUCUGCUUUAUGCUACGGAGAACCGAAGUAUGUGCCAGUUUUUAUAUGAUCAGUCAUUCACAUGGAACGUAGUUCCCAGAAUCACCUUGCUCUGAAGAGUAUUCAGUACUUAGGAAUUCUCGUUUUAACCUUCGUGUAGCUAAGUCUACCUUAAAAAGGGUUUCAAGAGCUUUGAUGAACUGCAGCCCUCUGGUGCCCCACACCAGAAAGCAGAAGAGAGUAUUAACUGCACUAGGGUUUCUUUAAGGAGUAAUGUUGAUCAAAGGAUGUGUUACUUACCUUUGAAGGAAAAGCUUUUAGUGUGUAUUGUAUAUAAAGUUGGCUUCUCUAAAGAACUGUUGGUUUCUUCACGUUGGGGUUAGCUUGAGUAACUUUCUUACAUAAUCAAGAGUACUCAAAUAGAAGCCUGCAAAUUAAUUUGGAAAUUAAUCUGCUUUUAAAAUAAAGAGCAGCAUUCUGCAUUCAUAUUUGCAUUAGACAUAGAGUGACUAUUUUUAAAGCAUGUUAAAAAUUUAGGUUUUAUUCAUGUUUCAAGUAUGUAUUAUGUAUGCAUAAUUUUGCUGUUGUUACUGAAACUUAGUUCUAUCAAGAAUCUUUUCAUUGCACUGAAUGCUUUCUUUGCCCCUAGGAGAAAAGUUAAUAAUUGUGCCUAAAAAACUAUGGGCAGGUAGUAUACACGACUAUACUAGAUAAAGUGCAUAUUUGCAUUUCCACGAUCUAUGAAUUAGAGGCUGAGUUCUUUCUUAGCCGGUGAAAGGAGCCCCUCACUCCCCAGAAUCACAGGAAAUGUAAAGACUUAGACCUCCCAUUGUAGUGUAAGGGCAAGAAAUUUGUGUUCUUCUGAAUGCUGCCAGCAGCACCAGCCUUGUUUUAAAUGUUUUCUUGAGCUAGAAGAAAUAGCUGAUUGUUGUAUAUGCAAGUUAUAUGCAUUUUUUUAAAACUAUUCUUUGUGAACUUAUCUACCUGGUUAUGAUACUCUGGGUCCAUACACAAGCAAAAUAAGAUUUUAGACAGAAGCCAGUAUACAUUUUGCACUAUUAAUGUGAUACUGUAGCCAGCAAGGACCUUACUGAUCUCAGCAUAAUAAUGCUUAUUAAUAAUAAAAGCUAUAUAGUGACACUCAUGAACAUCGAAGAUGAAACAGUCGGCAUUGCUCCAUUGGAAGGAAUUUCUGAUCGUCUCAAUGGUAAUUCACCCCUUCCGUUUUUUUUUUUUUUAAUGGGAAAUUAAUAGCCCUUUGCAUAACGUAGCUACCUGUAUAAAGUUCUAUCCUGUGCCCUGAAGCCUCACUGUCCGGAGUUAUGGGUCAUCAGAUGCUCCCUGCACCCUCACCACGUGCCCAGUGCCAGGCUGGCCGGAAGACUCAAAGGGCAAGACACACUUCCUGUCCUUAAGGAGCUUAGGAUCCAUUCCAUUGACCGUAAGUUCUCCUGGGAUGAGAGGAGUGGCUUAUAAGAGUAUGAAGGUCCUUUUGUUUACUUCUAAACUCACUUGGAUAGACUUACUAUUCCAAAUUCUGCCGUGUGAGAAACAGUGUUAUCCAGAGGUUUCUAUCUACCUUAGAGAAAGCCAGUGAUUAACUAUCACAACAGGCAUUAGUGUGGAUCUGAAAUGUUCACAGCAGCCUUCAGCAACAGUUGGGUGACCCUGAUAAGCAGAACGCACUCCUUAAGUGGUUGUGGGAAAUUACAAUGAAAACAGAAGCUCUGUUGCUGCCCUUGGGGGGCACUUACAUUUAAUAAAAGGGAAGCUCACCUACGUGCAUAGACCAAAAUACCAUGCCCCUGAAUACUUUAUAAGCAACUUUGAUACGCUAUUUUUGUGAUAUGUGCUUAUAUAAUCACAGAACUACCCUGCUUUCCUUGCAGAUAGCUAAUGUUAUUGGCAGAACUGAUAGAGAAACCAUGAGGGGAUUUCAUCCGUUUUUCCUAGUCCACAGUGUUCUCCAGGAUACAGCCAGAUAUCCCCAUUAUUCUGGUCACUGUGCUGGUACUGGCCCUUUUCUUCUUGUUCUUGCCUCGGAGUUGGGGAUGCCCAGUUGGGCCCAGCACCCUUGAAAUAAUUUUGGCUCAUGAUUCCCUUUUCCCUGUGAAGGGGAACAAAGCCUUUAACCUUCUUUUGGACCCUAAACUGUGGGACCUUGAGGGAGAUCUGUGAAGCUUUUUGAGGUUAAACUUUACCUUUGUGGUCCCCAGAUGACCUCAUUCCUCUCUGAAAACAUAUUACUGUCUUGUUCCCUGAGAAUGCAGGAAGGGCCCCCACCCCCCUCAGCCCAUGAGAACACCCAAACCAAGGGAGGUUAUUUGAAAGGAAGGAAGGAAUACAAGUGAAUGUUCUCUACCCUCCAUAUUACAAAUCAGUUUUUGAAUUAGCUUUCUGGUGAGGUGUGUGUUUGGGAAAAGGGAUUCUAGAGUUUCAGGGGAGCUGAGCUCAAGGGGAAGGUAGCCUGGUGGCAGGGCUGUUACUAUGAGGCUGAAGCAAUCCUUGUGAUAAAAGUAGAUCGUGUAGUAACUUAUGAAAACCAAGGGCAUGUAUAUUUUUAUAUCUGUGUGGUUUUAAAACUUUAGUACUUAGAACUUUGGCCUUCUGCACUACUCUUUCACUCUUCUAAACCUAAUUUACAUUGAAGAAUGGAAAGGGACGACGUUUACCUACAUGUUCACUGCCUCACUCCUGGUGAAGCAACUGCUGGGUGUAUACCUCUGAAAUGAUGCUGUUUUCUCUGCUCAAGGGAAAAGGAAACAUCGUCGGACAGUAAGAUUUGCAGCUUAAUCUGCUUUGAAUAAAAUGAUGUGGCAGAAACUAUACAAUGAAGGAAGAAUUCUAUGAAAAUUGCAAAUCCUGAACUCUCUGGUGAUAUCUUUCUAGGGAGUGGAGAAAGGCAAUAAAAUAGCAGUUAACCUAAAGGAGGCUCGAAGGAUUCAAGUAUAAGUAAUAUUUUAUAUCAAACAUAGCAGUUUAGGCCCCCAUCAUCUUCAAGAGUAGUCACAGAUAUCAUAUAAAGCAAUGUUCAUUGUUUUAGGAUUUUUAAAAAAAUGUGUUGUACCUAAGGCCAUACCUACUCUUCUAUGCUAUCACUGCAAAGGAGUGAUAUGUAUGUAUUAUAUGAAAAAAACCCUUAAUGCACUGUUAUCUCCUAAAUAUUUAGUAAAUUAAUACUAUUUAAUUUUUUUAAAGAUUUGUCUGUGUAGACACUAAAAGUAUUACACAAAAUCUGGACUGAAGAUGUCCUUUUUAACAACAAUUUAAAGUACUUUUUAUAUAUGUUAUGUAGUAUAUCCUUUCUAAACUGCCUAGUUUGUAAUUCCCAUAAUUCCUGUUUGUGGAGUGUACCUGUCUUUGUCUCUUCUUUCAGCCAUUUUCUGCACGCACCCCUCUUUCUAUGAUGAUAGAGAUGACCGUGUAUGCUUCCCACACUCUGGCGCAAGGUGUGCGCUCAGAGCCGGCUGCCCCUCAGCAAGGCACGCUCCGUGGGGGGUAGGAGAGCAGCCACUUUGGAGCCUGAGUGUUUCCCCGCCUUUGAGUUGUCCUGACAUUCUUCUUGAAGUGACUGUUAAAACUAAAAUAAAUUACAUUGCAUUUAUUUUAUAUUCUUGGUUGUAAUAAAAUUUAAUUGAC